AUGGUUGAAGUUGAUUCCGAAGAGGUAAAAAGGCACUUGGAAAUCUUGGGGUACACGAACAUAGAACCUAAUCUGCUAAAUGAGUUCAUAAAAGAUUUGAAAAAGGUCAUAGAAUACGACAGAAAACACAACAACGUCAGUGUACUGUCUAUGUCGCUUUACCAAGACUGGAAUCAGACUUACUCUGAGAGGAUGAAAAAUAGUACCCCGAUUAAAAACACAAUCGAUCGAAAUAAUGGUACUGCRAACGGAGACGAAUACGAAGAUGAAGUCGACCUAAUAAGUACGUUUUUGGUCGAAAACGGUCUCGCCCGUACAAAGCGUCCGUUUACUACCCUACGAUACGGAAUUAGAUUAUAA